UUGUUUACCUACCUCUUUAAAAUUUCUUUCAGGGUGCUUGACGCUUCUGGUUCGGAAGUCGAGCUUUUCUCUUCCGUAGAUUGUAAAGGCAUUCUUGGCAAGGAUAGCCGCACUUACAUUCUUGACUUGUUGCGUACUUUCCCACCUGACGCAAACUACUUGGGGGGCUCGGGCUUGCCAAAGCAACACCGACCUAUGCUACCCGAGAGUCUCACGCGACUCGGUUAUCCAUUCACGCAUCGCCAUCUGCUAGCAACUCUUCGGCAAGAGUUAAUUGAGGCUUUUGUUGAGUGA